AUGAAGCGCUGCGUCAUAGCAGUCGCUGCUGCCGCCCUGUGUCCCGUGGUCGGGGCCUCAAUGGGAUUCCGCAACUCAAAGUAUGACCUGAAGGAAGGGCAGCCAUUCACGUUGCAGUACGAUGGCUGUGAUCAAGACCCUUGCGCCAUCUAUCUAGAGCGCAUGAUCUCCACGACCGGUCACGAAACGCUCCAAACCAUAACCGAGGGCGCACUUGACUACAGCCCCGGGUUCUACUACAAGUCGUCUGUCGACUCGGACAAGAGCAUUCCUCCGUCAGCUUCCAUAUACACAGGCACAAUUCCGCCUCCUAGUUCGACCGAGACCACAACCAUUGCUCCCGAAACGACAUCAUUGGCAGAAACUGCUACACCGACUGCGCCGUCCACCUCGUCUGCGCAACCCCAGCCCCCGGUCACUUCCACGUCGGCCACCGCAACGGCUACGGAGGCAGUGACCCCAGAUAAGCAAGUCUCGCGCCGACUAAGUUCCGGCAGCAAAGCGGGCAUCGCCAUCGGGUGCUUGGCCGCGUUUUUGCUCGCGCCAGCAGGCUUCUUCUUAUGGUGGCGUCGGCGGAGACGACUUCGACACAGGGAAAGCAACUGCGAUCCCGACCACCUUCAGCCCCUGGACAGAAGUGCUGCGUCGCCAGCCGAAAACAAGGAGCUCGACAGCCAGCCUAUUGUGGAGCUCGGCAGUCAGACUUACUACGAGCUACCGUCCGAAGGCUGGGAGCAGAAAGGCAGCUGCUCGAAGAUUGAGGCCCCGGAGCUGUAUCAUGACGAGAAGCCUACCGGUCACGGGUCCUUUCAAUGGACAUUGCACGAAAUGGGCGCCGAUGAGCGUGGCCUGGGCGCGUUGACUGCGACGGGAACCCCAGAGUUACCGCCGUCGGAUGGGGCGCUCAAAAGGUUCCCCGUGUCCUGCUCCGUCUUCGGAACCAUGAACUACCACUCAUUGGUCCUCUUGUCAGCCCUGACUCCCGCCGCUAUUGCGGCAAAAUUCCUCAAUUCCAAGUGGGAUGUCACAGAAGGACAGUGGUUCACCUUGCGAUUUGAUGGUUGCGAUGUGUCCGAUUCUCUCUGCCUCCUGGCAUUGUGGAGGUCGCCUCACACUACGGAGGACUUUAUCCAAGCAGUUAAUCGCACGGAGCAGAACACCAGCAUCGAGGUGCAACUUGUCGGUGUGCCCACAGGGACGUAUUUCUUCGGUCUUGAGCAGUUGAAAAGUCUAGUGAGAAGCCCAACGUUCCUCUAUGUGUCGUCGAACGACCCGGCGGGCCCCAUUCCCCUACUUGCCAAUACUCGACUACCCUUGACGGAGACAACUUCGACUCGCACUUCGACUGGUACUUUAUCCUCGUCCGACACUCCUACGAUCAACGAAUCAACACUGACGGCAUCAUUGACCACACCCGCCCCGUCUACCGCGCAAGCACCUUCAUCGACUGCAGCCGCAGCCAUCACCGCCACCCCGACAGAAGCUAUAACAACACCGGACGGACAGGGCAGCCCUCAGCUCAGCUCCGGCGCAAAGGCAGGCAUCGCCGUGGGCUGCGUGGCGGCGGUCGUCAUCGCCCUGGCGCUGGCCAUCCUGUUCUGGAGGCGGCGGCGGCGGCGGACCCAGGCCCUGAAGGUGCAAGGCGCUUACCAGUCAGGCUACAGCCAGCCCACGCUCAGUUGCGCUCAAGGGCCAGUUCAUGUCGAAGAUGGACCGGGAGGGAAAGCACAGGAGCUAUCCGGCAGGAGUCCUCCCAUGUCCACGCCGCUUCACUACAGGUACGGCAGCCAGGGGCCAUCGACGGAUCGUUCCGACCCGCACACACCGACACAACACUUAUCUUACCUAUCUUACCUGUCGGCUCAGUCUCGCAGCGAAGUAUACGAAAUGAGCGUGCCCGAGAAUCAGACCCGAAACUCGACCAUCGCAGCCGCGCUCACACAGUCCACUGCCACUGACACGACAACCACGGCGCCAACAUCACAACCGCCGGCUGGUGGCGCGGACAAGACCUCUACAGGCACCACUACCCCCGGGUUGCUGGACCUCGCACUCGGACCAGCCAAGCGCAUCUCCUCCAUUGAAAUGCCCUGGUUCAAGUACGAACAGCAGCCAUCUGCUGCCAGCGACGACAGGGGCGGCCGACAGCAGUCAGUCUCGUCCCCGGAGCUAUCGCCGCCACCGUCCGUCGAGCCGCCACGACAGCAGCCCUCGCCAUCAGGAAGCAGAUUAAGCGCCGCGCAGCAGCAUCUCGAGAGCCAGUACGAGCAGCUCGAGGCGCGCAGGCGCCGUAUCCUGGACCUGGAGAGCAUCGAGAGGCAGCAGGCGGAGCUGCGAGAGCGGAUGGACGUGCUCCGGAGGGAGGAGGAGGGAGGAUAG